UACAUUGAGUUUGGAGUUUGUUGUUCGGUCUUGCCGGACUGCUCAAAUAAAAGUUUUAGGAGCGAAAUCUUCCUUCUUGAAUUACAUAUAGUCGAAUAGCCAUUUCACCCGGCUAUAACAACAAAAAUCCGCUAAAGACUAGGAAACUACAAAACCUUCCAUAGAUUAGGAUUGUAAAAAAUCUGCCAUAGAUUUGGGAUGGCAUGACGUCACAUUUACCAUAGAUUAGGAAUCUGUCAUAGAUUAGGACCCUACCAUAGAUUUGAGUUCUACAUAUAUAUAUGGCCAUUUUCAUGGUAAUGACUACUUUUAUACAUGUAUAAAAGACCUUUUUAUACAACAUUAUUUUUUAUAUAACGGAUAUAUGUAUUUCAAUACAACAUUUUAAAGUUCACAAUGGUCACGUGAUAAACUUACAUGUGUGUGUGUGUGUGUGUGUACUCACACCAGUGGUUUGCACUAAAAGACAAUAUCAGCUGCAAUGAAUUCAAAAUACAACGAAGAGAAGAACAAAGAUUUAGAUCAAGGAUGGGCAUGGGUGAUUAUGGUAGCAGCAUGUGUUGCUGGUAUCAUAAACGGAUUACUUAUCUACGGUGCUGGUGUUGUCCACGUGGCUCUACUACAAAGGUUUGAGGAAGACAAUGCAUACACAGCACUGAUUGGUUCUAUAUUUACAAGUCUACUAUCUCUAAUAGGACCAUUAGCCAGUAUGCUCAUCAAUAUUUAUAGCUGUCGAAUGACGAUGAUAGUUGGAGGCAUUGUAAUGUUCAUUGGAUUUGUUUCCAGCUUUUUCGCCUCUCACAAUUUGAAUUACAUACUAAUAACCUAUGGAAUUAUAGCAGGGACAGGUUUAGGCUUGUGUGCAACGCCUCCACUUGUAGUGAUUGGAUAUUUCUUCCAUCUUAAACGUGGACUAGCAUUAGCUGUUGUAGUAAGCGGUGCAGGAUUCGGCAUGUUUAUCGCAGGUCCUAUUUUACAAGCAUUAAUUAACCAGUAUGGACUUCCAGGUGCAUUUCUUGUACUCGGUGCAAUCUCUAGUAAUCAAAUCGUAAUUGGAUCAUUAAUGCGACCUUCUGACCUUGAAAACAAACACAAAAUGGACGUGAAAAGGAAACGUGAUAUUGAUAUGUUGACUUCAAAGAGUAAUAACAAUAUAUCAUACAAUUUAAAGAAUCUUCUUCAUCUCGACAUUUUAUCAGAUAAAUCAUUUAUGUUUUGCAGUCUUCAGUAUCUACUUUGGAAUGUUCCAUUCUCCAUUUUGCUAUUACACUUAACCAACUAUGCAGUUUUACAAGGCUCCAGCAAAGAAAAUGCCGCCUUACUUAUAACAUACAUAGGAAUUAGUUCCGUCUUUGGUAGAAUUAUAACUGGGCUUUCAGUUGGCCAUAAUGGUCUAGAUCCAGUUAUGCUUAAUUUUGGAUUUAAUGGAAUCGUAGGUUUGUUGACAAUACUAUUCCCUCUAUAUUCCGGUACAUUCCAAGGUCAAACAGUUUUUACAAUUCUCUUUGGUUUAUAUUCUGGUGGUUUGGCAACAAUGAUUAACCCUCUAUGCAUGGAAUUGAUUGGUGUAUCUAAGCUAUCCAGUGGUAUAGGAACAAUGUAUUUCAUUGGUGGAGUUGGAUAUAUCAUAGGGCCUCCAAUUGCAGGGUUCCUCGUUGACAAUGGAGGAACAUACGAAGAUAGUUUUAUACUGUGUGGUGUUUUAUUUCUCCUGGCAGCCGUUUUCACAUUGAUCUUAAACAACUGGAGAAUUCAAACAAAAGAGGCAGUUGUAUUAUCAUUGGAGAAUCUCAAAGAUCCUUCAUUAAGCAUAUGGAAUGAUGAACUGCAUCCUGACGUUGACAUAACGAUUGAUAUUUUUCCAAAUCAUAUAUGUCAUUCCAAAGAAAUUAUAAGCGAAAAUAGUGAUGUUGCUGAUAAAAAUCCUGACGUAAAUUCUCAUAUUCAAGACAGUGUUGAAAUAAAACUGUUGUACGAAAAAUCCAGGCAUAAUUUAGGAAACGGUCACAAGGCUGUUGAAAUACCAUCUUAUACGUCUGAUAAUGGCCAUAUACUGCAACAGGAUCAUAUUACAGACGAAAGUACCCCUAUUACUGCUCAGUGCAUUUAAGUGGAAAAUAACUUAUGUUUGUCAUUGAUGAGCGAGAUGAACAAUCUUAGAUUUUUGUUAACGCAUAUAUCUCUAUGUUUUAAUCAUUAACUCGUUAUGGUUUAUUAACUUUGGAAAUACCUUUAUUUUUUUAAACAAUUUCAGGUAUUCUUUAAAAAUAUCGUUUAUUAACAUGAUUGUGUUUUUAUCUAUUUUAUACCGAUUCAAAUUUUGAAAUAUAUCAUUAUAUUGAAUGUGUGAAUCUAAAUGUUACAAAAAAUACAUGUAGAACUUAAUCUCGUCGUAGAAGGGAUAUGAUUAUCUGGGGGAAAAAAAUUUCACAGAAUAAUUUAUAUGACUAAAACAAUUGUGGACUUUUUAGACAGUUUAUAUGAGAUAUGACCAACUCUGUAUUGCCACUUUAAACAGUUAAUAAAAGGCCUUCCAUUAAAAAAUUUAAAAACUGACAAAAGUGCGAAAAUCUUCUGGAAUUAAAGAGGGACGAAAGAUACCAAAGGGACAGUCAAACUCAUAAAUCUAAAACAAACUGACAACGCCAUGGCUAAAAAUGAAAAAGACAAACAUAAAAACAAUAGUACACAUGACACAACAUAGAAAACUAAAGAAUAAACAACACGAACCCCACCAAAAACUAGGGGUGAUCUCAGGUGCUCCAGAAGGGUAAGCAGAUCCUGCUCCACAUGCGGCACCCGUCGUGUUGCUUAUGUGAUUACAAAUCCGGUAAAUAGUCUAAUUCGGUAGGUCAAAUUCAUGAAA